GGAGCAAGCAAGGAUUCGGGGACGAGCGGAGGGGCAGGCCCGGUCCUGCCUGGCCUCUGUGAAGACCUGGGGUUGAAGGCGCCUCCUCCCUGAGGCACUUACUGCGGACACUUCCUUCACUGCCCGUUGUCGGCGGCACGAUGUCGGCCCAGCCGAGGAGCUACAACCCCUUCGCCGAGGAAGAGGAGGAGGACGUGGCGUCGUGGUCGGCGAGGAGCAGCGGUGACGCGGGCAUCGCCGAUCGGCAGCGGUACCUGCAGCAGGAGGUGCUGCGUCGUUCAGCUGCCACCGUUGACAGCACCACCCGCUCCCUCUCGCUCCUCUACGAGUCCGAGCAGAUCGGCGUGGCCACUUCCGAGGAGCUGGUUCGUCAAGGAGAGGCACUCAAGCGCACAGAACAGAUGGUAGAUAAAAUGGAGCAGGACUUGAAAACUAGUCAGAAGCACAUAAAUAGCAUUAAGAGUGUUUGGGGGGGCUUGGUAAACUACUUCAAAGCCAAACCUCCAGAGAGCAAGCCAGAGCAAAAUGGAGCCCCUGAAUAUUCUGCUAACAGCAGAUUAAAAGAAGCAAUGCUGUCUAGUAAAGAACAAGAGUCAAAAUACCAGGAAAGCCAUCCCAAUUUAAGGAAGCUGGAUAAUUCAGACAAUGAUUUUGGCAAAGCAGAUUUAGUUUCUUCAGUGCAGAGGGAUUCCUACCCGAAGAACCAACAUCUGCGAGCUUACCACCAGAAAAUUGAUAACAACUUAGAUGAGAUGUCUUCUGGGCUGAGUCGUCUGAAAAACCUGGCUCUGGGUCUGCAGACAGAACUGGAUGAGCAGGAUGACAUGCUGGAUCGGCUGACCAGGAAAGUAGAGACGCUGGAUGUCAACAUUAAAAGCACUGAUAAAAAAGUCCGACAGCUUUAGAGGAUUUGCAGACAUCCUGUUGUCCAGCCUCAGUUCUUCUCGGAGGUCUUCUCUCAGCCAGUCCCUUUCGAAAGUCCUGGACACUAUCUGCUGCCUUUUUUUUCUCUUUCCUUUGAAAUGUUAUCGAUUUUGUUGUCAUUAAAACGCAGAACCCAGCAUAACACCUUCAACUUCUUCUUAAUGUACAGUGAGUAAAACCUGCCAGCACCUGGCAGAUGCUGUGGUGCUGGUAGCCCUGUGUUCAGCUGUGUAACUGUGGGUCACAUUGCAGGGAGGAACUUGUGAUCUACAGAGCUUCAGUGUCCUUGAUAAGAAAAGCAACUGCAUUUUUACCUCUGUUUUGAGGAGGGGGCAGGGGGAACAGAAUGUGUUGCUAUUUCUGUUUACCUGCAGCUAUUUUAAAUUCUGAAGAAAUGCUGAUUUCCAGCUGUAGAGAUCACUUAGAGUGAGCAUUCUCUCGUGUCUCUGGAGCUUAAGGAACAAACUGUUCUGUGGAAGCUGUAAAAUACCAAGGGUGUCAUGCAAUAAUGGUAAUACCCUGGGCACGGUCCUUUCCCCAAGAUGA